CCCUCUCCUCACUCGCGGCAAACGCAAACUCCCCCCUUGCUUCCCUACCGCUGUUCCCUCCUCUUCCCAGUCCCCUUCCCCCGCCUCAACCAUUUCCAUUUCUGGCGCUAUACUUUUAUUCCCCUCCCGGAGGAGGAAAGUGACUUUAUUUUAUAAAAAAAAUUUACACGCAAAAAUGUUGAUUAAAACAGCAGUAAGAGGAGGAGGAGGAGCACAGACACUAUUGCCGCUGCUUCUUCUCCUCCUCCUCCUCCUCAUCGUCCCCUUCAACAAUGCUGCUGCCGCCUCCAAUUCCUCGGCUAAGCAGCAGACUCUCCAAACACAAUCGGACUCCUACUUCAACCCAAAGCUUCCCCCCAAGUCCCUCUCCGCCUCCAAGAAAUUUGAGGGCUCCUCCGACUUGGUCGACCUUCGCUACCACAUGGGCCCCGUCCUCUCCUCCCCGAUCAACAUCUACCUCAUCUGGUACGGCCGCUGGGCCGCCUCCCACCAGCUCCUCAUCAAGGACUUCCUCCUCUCCAUCUCCACCUCCGAUCGCCGCGCCGCUCCCUCCCCCUCCGUCUCCCAGUGGUGGAGCACCGUCUCCCUCUACACCGACCAGACCGGCGCCAACAUCUCCAGCUCCGUCCUCGUCGCAGGCGAGUACUCCGACACCCGCUGCUCCCAAGGCACCCACCUCACCCGCCUCUCCAUGCAGCAGGUCAUCGCCGCAGCGGUCCGAUCGAAGCCCUUCCCCGUCGACCACAAGAACGGCAUCUACCUCAUCCUCACCUCCGGGGACGUCACCGUCCAGGACUUCUGCCGGGCCGUAUGCGGCUUCCACUACUUCACCUUCUCGUCCGUGGUGGGCUACACGCUGCCGUACGCCUGGGUGGGCAACUCCGGGAAGCAGUGCCCGGAGGUGUGCGCGUACCCGUUCGCCGUGCCCGGGUACAUGGGGGGAGGCGGGCCGGGAGCGCUGGCCCCUCCGAAUGCGGACGUGGGGGUGGACGGGAUGAUAAGCGUGAUCGGGCACGAGCUGGCGGAGCUGGCAUCGAACCCGCUGGUGAACGCGUGGUACGCGGGGGAGGACCCCACUGCGCCGACGGAGAUCGGGGACCUGUGCGAGGGGCUGUACGGGACGGGGGGCGGGGGUGGGUACAUCGGGCAGGUGAUGAGGGACAGAGAGGGAAGGACGUACAACGUGAAGGGGAGGAGGGGCAGGAAGUUUUUGGUGCAGUGGAUCUGGAGUCCUGUUUUGAAGGCCUGUGCCGGUCCGAAUGCGUUGGACUAGGAGUCCCGGAGAGGCGACGCGAGUCCCGUCUUCUCCUCUCCUCUGCAAUUGUACUCACUACUAUGUAGAGUUGUAGUAGACAUUACUACUACAACUUCAGUAGCAGUCAUGAGCACUUUGCUACAGUAUGGAGUACUAUUCUUUUUAAGUCAGUCAGUCAGUCUGGUAGUCUACAUUCAUUCUUUCUUGAUUUGCCCGCCGCCUUCCUGCCUGCCGGGGAGUUCCAUUAUCAUUCAACACUGGCGACUAUCAUGAAUUGUGAAAUGACGGUGGGUUACUAAGAUGAAGAUGGGAUUAUUGAUUUUUUUUUUUUUUUGGUGGUUUAGCUGCUGGGUUUCUUUCUGGGGAUCCUUUUUCUGUUAUUAAUCACAGGCAGAUGUAUGUAUGUAUAAAGAGGCAAAAUAUAUGGUACUAGUAGAGUACGAUUUCAUGAUA